CGAAUUGGUCCGUCUUCGAUCGGUUCUUCAAGAUCUCAAACCCAGAAAUCAUGAUAUCAUUAUCCUCUUCUUCGUUUCGACUUCCGAGUUUACACUGUCAUGAUUCAAACAGAUCCGUCGUUGUGGGAAGAAAUAGUAUUAGCGCGUUGCGUUGUUGCAUAGCCACCAAGUUCGAUGUAACAUCACAAAGUUUCUGCCUUUUAUCUGCCAUUGAUAAUCUCUUCAAUCUCUCAAAGUCAGGAGGAGGUUUGCGUAAACAGCUAGCGCCUGAGAAUGAUUCUGAUGUACUUAUAGAGUGUCGAGAUGUUUACAAAUCAUUUGGGGAAAAACAUAUCUUGAAAGGUGUUAGCUUUAAGAUUAGACAUGGAGAAGCUGUUGGGGUGAUUGGUCCUUCUGGGACUGGAAAAUCGACAAUUCUAAAGAUCAUGGCUGGCCUUCUUGCACCUGACAAGGGAGAGGUUUAUAUACGAGGAAAGAAACGAGCUGGUUUGAUAAGUGAUGAGGAAAUAUCAGGACUCCGUAUUGGCUUAGUAUUUCAGAGUGCAGCUCUCUUUGAUUCUCUGUCAGUUCGUGAAAAUGUUGGUUUUCUACUUUAUGAAAGUUCGAAAAUGUCCGAGAAUCAAAUAUCUGAGCUAGUGACACAAACCUUGGCAGCUGUUGGUUUGAAGGGGGUUGAGAAUCGACUACCUUCUGAGUUAUCUGGUGGGAUGAAGAAAAGGGUUGCUUUAGCUCGCUCACUCAUUUUCGAUACAACAAAAGAGGUGAUUGAGCCAGAGGUGCUCUUGUAUGAUGAACCAACUGCUGGGCUUGAUCCAAUUGCAUCAACUGUAGUUGAAGAUCUCAUACGGUCUGUUCGCAUGACGGACGAUGAUGCACUUGGAAAACCCGGAAAAAUCGCUUCUUAUCUGGUUGUUACCCAUCAACAUAGCACCAUUCAAAGAGCUGUAGACAGGUUAUUGUUUCUGUAUGAAGGAAAGAUUGUUUGGCAAGGAAUGACACAUGAGUUUACAACCUCGUCAAAUCCAAUUGUUCAACAGUUUGCUACAGGCAGCCUAGAUGGACCAAUCAGAUAC